CCUGAUGACAUCAUCAACACCCGUCAGGAGCAGCAUGAAGCGAGCGGCUCGAACCGGGUCGACCUUGCUGUUAGGAGCGGGAUUCGGUGCUUUAUUGAGCCGCCUGCUGAGCGGCAGAGACCGGCGGGAUGAGGAGGACAGGCUCGGUGUGCUCAGCCGGGUCCCGGUCAUCCCGGUACCGGGAGUCCCCACGGUCCACGCCUCCGAACUGACGGUGAGUCCAGGUAGCUCAGGAGCAGUGAUGAAGUACGGCUUCCCCUCACUGGCCAACAUCAAGACCAGAGAGUCCUACGUCACGUCGUACGAUCCGCGCACACGCACUGCAUCGUGGGUCAUAGAGAAGCUUAGCCCCGCCUCCCUGACUGGUCCGUCAAACAGGAAGUACUGUGACUUCAAAGAGGACGACAGCGUGCACGUUUUCCACAGAGCAACCAACGCCGACUACAGGGGGAGUGGCUUCGACAGAGGUCACCUGGCUGCUGCAGCCAAUCACAAGUGGAGUCAGAAAGCCAUGGAUGACACCUUCUACCUGAGCAACGUGGCUCCUCAGAACCCUCACCUGAACCAGAACACCUGGAACAACCUGGAGCAGCUCUGCCGCUCUUUAACCAAACGCUACCUCAACGUGUACGUGUGCACCGGCCCGCUCUACCUGCCCAGGCAGGAAGGUGAUGGAAAACUGUAUGUGAGGUAUCAGGUGUUGGGUCAGAACCACGUGGCUGUGCCCACGCACUUCUUCAAGGUGCUGAUCCUGGAGCAGGCGGACGGCAGAGGGGUGGAGCUUCGCUCGUACAUUUUGCCCAACGAACCGAUCGACAACAAGGUUCCUCUGGAGCGCUUCCUGGUCCCCAUAGAGACCAUCGAGCGAGCGUCAGGACUCCUGUUCGUCCCGAACAUCAUGAGGAGGACGAGCAGCCUGCAGGCCAUCAAAUGAACUACAGUUCCCACAAUCCCCUGCUGCUGCUGC